UGCCCUUGGUGGAGAGCAUAUUUGAAGCCCUUUGAUUGCGUUACAAGGCAUCAUUUUAGCUCUUUCGGCGCCCUUCUAGUGCUGAUUCCCUCAGCGUGGUUAACCCCACCAACUGCACGCUACGGUUCUGCCCGACUACGCUACGCUACAGCUCUAAUCAACUAACACAAAGGAUCGCUCUUGCAAUUUCGUAUCUCUGUAGGUAAUUUCAUAUGUCGGGAAGUUGGCAGAAUCGUUUCAAAAGGCAAAAUCUUUCAAAAAUUCUAUUCCUUCACGCGGUUGGAUGCGGCGUUUUCUGAAACGUCAUCCAGAGCAAGCGAAAAGAACGGCGAACAAUAUCGCUAAGAAAAGAGCGAUAACUGAAGCCGGUGUACGGGAAUGGUUCCAUAAUGUAAAUGAUCAUUUGUUGCAAAACCAUGUCGAAGAUGUCCUGACUGAUCCAACUAGAAUCUUUAACAUGGAUGAGACGGCAUUCUUUCUUGUACCACGCAAGCAACGAGUGCUUGCAGCAAAAGACUGUAAGGCAGUUCAGGCAUUGUCAGCAAACAGCGACAAAGAAAAUUAUACGGUCUUAAUUUCGGGAUCAGCCGCUGGGAAUCUCGUACCACCACUGAUAUUGUUUCCUUACAAAUCCAGGAUUCCAGCUAGCAUCACAAACAGUGUUCCGAAAGGUUGGGCGGUUGGUCGCUCGGACUCAGGAUGGAUGAACUCGGACGCUUUUUAUGAGUUUAUUUCUGCAGUAUUCUACCCAUGGGCUGUCAAACAAAAUGUUAAGUUUCCUAUUCUUUUGUUUGUUGAUGGCCACUCUUCCCACACGUCAUUUGAAACAGUAGAAUUUUGUAAAACCAAAAAAAUUAUCUUGGUAUCCCUGUUCCCAAAUGCUACUCACGUGAUGCAGCCUUUAGAUGUAGCUUUUUUUGCGCCCUUUAAAAAAUCAUGGCAGGAGGAGCUGAACAAGUGGCGCUUCGAAAAUAAUGGCGCGAUGAUUUCAAGAGCCGAUUUUGCUCCACUUCUAGAGAAAGCUAUAGAUAGAAUGGCAAACAAGGAAGCGUCAUUGAUCAAUGGGUUUCGUAAAUGUGGCUUAUAUCCUUUCGAUGCGAAUGCACUAGAUUACGAAUUAUUUCCUAAACCUUUCGAUAGACCUUCAUCCCUCACAGAAAAUGUACCAUCCGCUGAUGACUGUCAAGCCCCAGAGAUGGAUAGAAAUUUGCACUUCAUGCAGAUGAUGAACAAAAAGUUGACACCAGAGAAGCUAUCUCUAUUUCGAGAACAGCGUAAUAAUCUUAUCUGGUCAGGACCAGUGGAGGAUACAACAAUGUUUUAUUUUUGGCGUAAUACGAUGGAUGAGAUCGAAGGCCUCCCGGAAUUCAUAAUAAUCGAUGCACCGUUUGUCAUGAUAGAAGGAGAUCACGCUUCAUUCGCCGACGAUUCCGCUAAUUCAUUGAAUAAUGAAGCGACUAAUACGACAGAAGAUUCGUCUUUCAUCAAUGUUCCUGGACCCGAUGUGUCCGAUUUUAGCAACAACUUAAGCCAUGAUUCAGAAAAACCAGAAGCAGAAGCAGAAUUAUGUGAACCAUAUCAAGAAACGACCCGGGUAGAAACCGAGCCAAAUCACCUUGGUAAUAUCUCCAAUACUCAUAUGGGAGUUGUAGGAAACAGACAGAAGAAAACAAAACGGAAAUUUCUAGCUGUAGCCACCAGCGAAGGAUGGGCCGAAAUAUACAUACAGGGAGAACAAGAGAAGAUGGAAAAAGAGAAUGCAAAAAAACGACGAAUUGAGGAGCGAGAAAACAAAAAAAAGAUUCGACUAGAGGAACAGAGAAGAAAGUUGGAAGCUAGGAAGCAAAAAGAGGUAUUGAGGAAGCAAAAGAAGGCAUUGAAAAAACCAGCGGCGGCAAAGAAUACCAAGCAGAAACAGAACACGAGCAACUGA